AGGCUCCUCUGUGAUUGGUCAAUCCGCCAUCUCCGUGCGCCUGUUGCACCUGUCGCGCGACCUGAAGAAAGUUUAGCAGCCGUUGAGAAGUUCAGCACGGUGGACUGAUCCAUUGUUCCGUCCCGGAGGGGGAGGCAGGGAGCUCGAAUGUGGAACAUUCAGGAAGGAAAGCGCAAGCUGUCAGACGGAUCUCCACCUUCCUGAGGAGAGGAAUGGACUGCUCCAGGAACUCUAUCCUCCUCGAGACGCUCAAAGAAAACUUUCCAACUUUUCACCGAUGUUGCCCGGAAAAGUGGCAACCGACAACUCACAGCUGAUUACAGCUACGGGGAGAUAAUUUGGGCUAGUUGGCUACUAAUGGAAAAUAAAAUGGCGACGGAGGUGAAAUUAAACGGGAAUGAACUUUUGGAAGUUGACAUAUGCGACGGCGGCAUGUGCUCCGAGGACGAGAGCGGCGUUUUUGUCAACACUGUCGCCUCCUUCCAGGAUGAUUUCUCCGGCUUCCAGCAGUGGAGGAUCCCCGCCGCUGAGUCACCUAAUGACACAUCAUCACCUCCGGGACAGCAGGUCCUCAGCGAGCACGGAGCUCCGCCUGCCGCCGGAGAGAGCGACUCUCACCCGCAGGGAGACGGAUUUAAAGCUGCGAGGACUUCCAUAGUGGACUGUCUGUUGGUGGAGCUUUAUGAGACGUACAGUGGAGGCAGCGCGAGGAAUAUGGACAGCUGGGACAGCUCCACCGAGGCGUCCGGAUCUGAUGCUUUUCUGGGGCGCAGUUACUCCGGGUCCAGCUUCCUCCAGGAGCUCCAGGAGAAGCACACAAGGAGGCAUCAGAUGAACUACCUGGCCCAGAAAGCCCCGGAGGAGCUGCGUUCAAUCAUCCAGGAGGUCAAAUAUCGUUCAGGCCUGCAGUCGGCCAAGCUGAUUCGCCAGCUGAGGAGACGGGACCGACUUUGCCACAAACUGCAGAAGAACUACGACAUCAUAACAGCUUGCCUUCAGGCUGUCUCACAAAAACGACGAGUUGACACACGGCUGAAGUUUACCAUUGAACCAUCACUGGGAAAGAAUGGAUUCCAGCAGUGGUACGAUGCCCUUAAAGCAGUGGCUAGGCUCCCUACUGGAAUUCCAAAGGAAUGGAGGAAGAGGGUUUGGCUGACACUAGCAGACCAGUACCUCCACAGUAUUUCUAUUGACUGGGAGAAGACGCUUCGUUUUGCCUUUAACGAGCGUAGCAACCCAGACGAUGACUCCCUCGGCAUCCAAAUCGUCAAGGACCUACAUAGGACCGGCUGCAGUUCUUACUGUGGCCAGGAGGGGGAGCAGGACAGGGUGGUGCUGAAGAGGGUGCUGCUCGCAUAUGCCCGCUGGAAUAAAACUGUGGGUUACUGCCAAGGAUUCAACGUACUGGCUGCACUCAUACUGGAAGUUACAGAGGGCAAUGAGAGUGAUGCACUUAAGGUGAUGAUCUAUCUGAUUGACAAAGUGCUGCCCGAUAGUUAUUUUGCCAACAACCUGCGAGCAUUGUCAGUGGACAUGGCGGUGUUCAGAGACCUGCUACGUCUAAAGCUGCCGAGACUGUCUCAGCAUCUCCACCACCUUCAGAAAGUUGCCAACCGAGAAGCUGGAGGCAGCUACGAGCCUCCGCUGACCAACGUGUUCACUAUGCAGUGGUUCCUCACUAUGUUCGCCACCUGCCUGCCGGCGCCCACCGUGCUGAAGAUCUGGGACUCUGUUUUCUUCGAGGGUUCAGAGGUGCUGUUUCGGGUCGCCCUCGCCAUCUGGGAGAGACUGGGAGAGAGGAUUGAAUACUGUCAGACAGCAGAUGAGUUUUACAGCACGAUGGGGUGUCUCACUCAGGAGAUGCUGGAGUGCAACCUCAUUGAUCCUACCGAACUCAUGCAGGAGGUUUACUCCAUAGCGGUGUUUCCUUUCCCUCAACUGGCUGAACUGAGAGAGAAAUACACCUACAACAUCACUCCGUUCCCUACCUCAGUCAAAUCCAAUGGAAGUGGUGGUCUGGGAAGCUGGGAGAGCGAUGACGAUGCUGACAUGGAUGAUGAAGACUCUAUGGUGACGGCACUCGGUUGCCUGGGUCCCCUGGGUGGCCUACUGGCCCCCGAGCUGCAGAGAUACCAGAAACAUCUUAAAGACCAGCGAGCAGAGCAAGGAAACAUCGCAGAGCUGAGCCCAGGAGCGGUGGGAGCUGGGGGGGCAGGAGGAGGAGGUGCCAAGGCAGAGCAUCAAGCAGCAAUCAACAGCAUGAUGAUGGAGAGAAUGAGCACCGACAUCUACGCCCUGAAGAAGCAAUACACACGAAUCAAAAGGCGGCAGCAGCAACAGGCUAUGCAAAUCUACAUUCGCACAGGACCUGGACCUGAAGUGGCCACAAGUGCAGGAGUUCCUCAGGAGCAGCCCAACAAACACAACAACAGUAUCGACCACCAUACUGACGACAAGUGCCCCGCCACCCGUGUCCUGGCCUCCCAACUCAACCCUUCUAGCUCAGUAAUCAACCACCUCCUUCUGGGUAAUAAACCACGCAGAGGAGGCUCCAGACUCACAUCCACUAGCACAUCUACACUACCAGGCUGCCGACCUACUUCUCUUUCCCAGAGUCAGGGCUCCCCAGCCAGGCAGCGCUGUAGCUCGCUGAUUUCCAACAGUACUGGAUCUCCAGGGAGCUCUGCAGGAGGUGCGGGGUCUCCCUGGCGAGCUCAUGUCCGGGUACAUCGAAGGAAUAUAGCCAGGGCGCGAGCACAGCUGGGCUUUGGAGAUUCAGAGGAAAGGGAAGAUGGAGUGGAGGAAAAAGAAGGGGGAUCAGGAUUGGAGGGUGAAGAGGAGAGGAAGGUUGAGGAAAAUGAGAUGGAUGAUGAGGAGCAGAAUGAGGGAAGUGUCUCCUCCAUGUAUCCGUCUCCUGAUCCCUUGGGAACAGGGUCAGUAUGUGAAGAGGUGCCACAGGUUGCAGAUGAGAUGAAAGAAGCAGAAGUUGCAGAUGUUGUGGUGCAACUGGACUCCCUGGAUCUAGAGGACAAAUCUAAUCUGACCUCCCCCAAUAACGCAAACCCAGAUACACAACCCACACUACCAGAGUCUAAACCUGUACCCCAAGUCCCUCUUCUCCCUCCUCCGCCGUCCUCAAACAGACAUAAAGAGUCUGAUUCCUCAGGUUCAGAAAGAAACACUGCCUCUGACAGACACUUUCCCUCCAUCGCAUUACCUCCAUCUCACCACUCUUUUAAGAUCCCUUCCUCACCCUCCACCCUGAGUCCGUCCCCGUCUCCAGUCCCUACAUCAGCUUCUCUCGGUCCCUCAUGCUUUUCCUCUCCUAAACCACCCUCCACCCCAACAGCACCCCUUCCAUCAGCUCCUUCAGUUAAUGGCCUAUCCUCUCUCACUCUUCCCGCAUCCUCUACCUUUUACAAAACUUCCUCCCCCUCCACUCCCUCACUUUCAUCAAUCUCCUCAUCAUCCAGAUCUAAUAUGUCCUCCUCGCCGUCAACCCCAGCACUCUCGUCCACCGGCACCUUCACUCCUAAACAGCAGGUCUUUUCCCCGUUCCCGAGCGUGAAGCAGCCUAGGAAAUCAGCAGCAGCGAGAAAUCUUGGUCUCUAUGGUCCUACAUCCAGAACACCGACAGUUCACUUCCCUCAGCUCAGCCGUAACCUUAACCGCAGUAGUGGUGCCGGCACCACCGGGAGGCGAUGAAAACCUCUCCUCCUCCUGAACUGAUGUUAGAAACACACAGUUACAUAAUAUAAAAAUCAUUCUAUAACGAUACCGUGUUGCCUCCUGCUUAUCAAGAAAAUAACCCAUAUCUCCUUUGAAGUAGAUUGAAAGUGUGAAGUUCAGAUGUGUUCAGAAAUUUGGUGAUUAUUGAUGUUGAAAUGUGAAGACUGUGGUUGACCUGACCUCACAGGCCAUUACAGACAGACAUUUAAGAAGGAAGUUUUGUUUAGUGUUUCAACCGCACUGAAACAGCUAAGGUAAAGCUAACACAGGACUAUAGGACCAUCACGAUAUCAAACCCUUUGCAGUGGCCUAUGCAGGUCCUUCUUGAACAUAUUGGAUACAUGAUAGAAAAUGAUAAGAUAUCAGGUGUGAACUAUGUGAACUAUCUUUCUGAACAGUUACAUUGCAUUUGUACUGGACAUCUGCGUUUCUUCAACAGUGGUUUGUGAACCCCGUACUGCUGACAAAUGCUUCUAUCUGGACUCAUAUGGACCAUAUUUGAUGAACUACCUUUUUUUCCUAUGAAGUUACACAAUAGCCAUCCAGUUAUUUCUAUGCCAAGUAUUUAAAAAAAAAACUUACCCAAGAAACAAGCGAUACCUAAGAACUGCUGUAAGUAAAGAAUUAUAAAAACUUGUGUGCCCAAAAAACAUCCCAGUCUUAAAACUUUUGAAGUCCUGAUUAACUUACAUUUUUUGUUCUGUGUAACUGUGAAAUCAUUAUAUGCGUGUACUCUCUGUCUUUAACCUGACUGUUGAACUGUUGAGGAAUGUAAUAUUUGGUCAAUAAUGAAUUGAGUGAGAAUGGGAAUGCUACUCUUUAAACCAGCUUGGCCCAGUUUUGUUUUGACCAUUGGGGUGUGAAUACUGUGUAAAUGAAAUGAGGCAAAUAUAAAGGAAUUUACCAUAUCAAAUCAUAUUCACAUGAAAUAAACCUGCACAGCACUUAAAAAGAGACCUCCUAGUUGAUUCCCAGUAAAUUGCGAAUAGUCCAACCACAAUGUAAGCAUUCUUACUUGGGAACUUACCACAAAGCUUCUGCUUCUCACUGGUAUUUUAAAUGCAGUCCAUUAUGGUCUGUUAUGGAGAACAAAAAAUGUAGCAGCUGCAGCACAACAUCAGCUUGUCUAAAGGACAAGCCAAAAUUUAACAGACAGCGCCAGCUUUUAACAGUUAUUGCUGUUUUGAACAUUCCCAGAUUGCACAAGUCACUACUUAGCAGGGGUGACAGAUGUUCAGCUGGCAUAUUUUUUAACCUGUUUUUUUAAGUCGCUAAAUUUAUGUUUCAACCAAACAAAGAUUGUAGCUGGAAGUGACAAAUUGUUGCUUGCAUUACCCUAAUUGGUAAAAAAUUAAUAUGAUUAAUAUAGUAACACUCUAUAUAAUUAUCUCUGCAAUGAAUUAAAAAUGUCUUGUUAAAUAUACAUUUUAAAAUAUGCAAUAUAUAUGUUUUUCCCCCCUGCAUUUGCUUAAAGGGAAGUAAAGAAGUCCGCGCUGUGUGUCACUUCCGGCUGCCAUCUUUGUUUAGGUUAAGAAAUCCCAGCAUCUUGUUAAAAAACUGCAACGGGCGAUAUCCCUCCUGUUAAUCGCAGAAGAGUGUUUUAGGAAUGUGAAAAUGUCUUCAAAACGGCGCUCCUGUACCUUGCCAAAGCUGCCUUUCCCGAGCAUCUUGUGCAGGAUGAAGUCAUCAAUGGUGAAUCUGGGUUGGUGAUCCCUCCUGGGAACAGCGUACAGAGGCUCUUCUUCUGUCAGCGCCUCAGUGAUCGACCUGCUGAUGUCAGCUGGUCCGUCCCAUGAAACACCCUGUAUCUCUGCAGGAAGAGGCAGGUGUAGCUGUGGCUGGUACACCCGUUAUUAACCCAGACGGAGCUCGGACUACUCCCGGCUGGCCAACACCGACUGGACCUUCUCGACCAAUAAUGUCAGUUUCUUUGGUGCUUCUGGCCUAAAGGCAAAAGUGUUUGGCUGCACAGCAUGUGUGUGUGCUGACUGGCCCUGUCGGGACAGUGGGAAGAGGAUUAAAGAGGUUAAGUCACAUGUUUACACCUCAGCCAGCUCCAUUCGCUGAACAAGCUCCAAAAAGCUUGUAAGUGGAUCUGUAAGCCUUCAUUAUUUUGUUACAUAUACUGUUCCCAAAGAUAAAGAAUGGUCUUUGUCCUCAAAUACCAAUUCUUUUCACAUUAAAUCAUUGUAUGUUAUAGCUAAUAGCUAUAUAUUUAAGAGGACAUGAUGAGUACAUAAUAAAUCGAACACUAUAACUCCC